AUGCGACACAAUGCUAAUGUGUCCACCGCAGCAGAGGGCAAGGCUCAAACAGCUUCAGGCUCAAGCACAAACAGUACCAGCAAUGACAAGGCCCAGGGGGAACCGUCAGUGCUCUCCAAAAUGGCAGAGUCGGCCGCGACUACGUUUGCCUCGAUUCUUGUAUUGGGACUCGGAUUCGCUGCCGCUGGAUAUAUUUACCACAGAAGCUAUAAGAUGCUCGUGGUAAACAAAAUGGUCCGCGCCUUUGAGCCCGGUGACCCUGUCCUUGAUCUGGCAGCUGUUGCGAAGGAUUUGCCGGCCCAUAGCGAGGCUAAUGAGGAACGCUGGGUGCAUCGCGACGAGCAGACCAUUGUCGAUGCUAUUGUCGAUGGCCGCGACGUUGGCCACUACUUUCUCAUGAUUGGCGAGAAGGGCGCCGGCAAGAGCAGCAUGCUGCUCGAGGCGAUGCGCAAGAUCAACGGUGAUGGCGUUUCCAUGUUUGAGGCUCAUGCAGAUCUCGAGGUCAUCCGCAUCCGCCUCGGAAAAGCCCUCAACUAUGAGUUCCACGAAGAUUACAUUGGUGGUUACUUUAGUGAGCGCGGCCCGCGCGAGUCGACCGCGCUGCUCGACAUUGAGCGCGCCCUCAACAAGCUGGAAAAAGUUGCCAUGAAGCUGCUCAAGAAGCGUAAGAAGCCGUUGAUCCUCAUCGUGAACCAGAUGCAUCUCCUGCGCGACGACGAUGACGGUCGCGACCUCAUUGAACUGCUACAGCAGCGGGCUGAGCAGUGGGCGGCCACCAAUCUCGUCACCAUGAUCUUCAACUCGGACGACUACUGGGUCUAUGAGCGCCUGAAGCAGCUGGCCACGCGCAUGGAAGUACUCCCCAUUACUGAUCUGCCCAAACAGCAAGCGGUCAGUGCUUUGCAGAAGUAUCGCCAACGCUACUGGGGAGAGUCACUCGACACCAAGCAGCUCGAGCAGGUGUACGACCGUGUUGGUGGACGAUUGAACUUUUUAAACAAGGUAGCUAAAAGUAGGGAUAUGCUGGCAACCUGUGAAAGCAUCAAGGAAAUCGAAAAGAGGUGGUUCCUGAACCAGUGCUGGAUCCUGGGCAUGGAAAUGGACGACGAUGUCAUGGAUCAGCAAAAGUGGGCGGCUGCCGCGAUGGUUCUCGCGCAGGCAUUAGUAGCCAAGGAGAAGGACAUGGACCUGAUAUACGACCCGGUCAUUGGCCAUAUUUUGCCCUCAUUCCCGUUUCACCUUGCCCAGGAACUGAUGACGCGGUGCGACUUCAUCCGGAAGCUGGACAGCCUCAACCUCUUCAGCAUCACAAGCAAGGCAGACGUGCGCGCCAGCAGUGUGCCCAUGCACAUUGCCUUCCAGGAGAUUUGCAGCCAGCCCGGCUUCGACAAGCAUCUGGAGCUGACGAUCCAGCGCAUUGCCGACAUUGAGAGCUUGGGCAGAACACGCGAGCUGGUGGCCAAGGAUCUGGUGCUCGGCGGGCAUUACGAGAUUGAGACUGGCCGGAAGGGCAUCACUGUACGAAUCAAGGAAGCCGAGAACAAAGACGAGUAA